GCGGAAGAGAGCCGCGAAAAGCAGAUAGUAGCGGAAUGGAGGCUGCUGCUGAGCCCGGAAACCUGGCCGGCGUGCGACAUAUUAUCCUUGUUCUUUCUGGAAAGGGGGGCGUGGGGAAAAGCACCAUCUCCACGGAGUUGGCCCUGGCGCUGCGCCACCAGGGCAAGAAGGUGGGGAUCCUAGAUGUGGACCUGUGCGGUCCCAGCAUACCACACAUGCUCGGUGCACAAGGCAAGGCAGUGCACCAGUGUGACAAUGGCUGGGUGCCUGUCUUUGUGGAUCAGGAGCAGAGCAUCUCCCUCAUGUCUGUGGGCUUCCUGCUGGAAAACCCUGAUGAGGCUGUGGUGUGGAGAGGUCCCAAGAAACAUGCACUGAUAAAGCAGUUUGUGUCUGACGUGGCCUGGGGGGAGCUGGACUAUCUGGUUGUGGACACACCUCCAGGGACUUCUGAUGAGCACAUGGCCACUGUGGAAGCCCUGCGACCCUACAGGCCCCUCGGGGCUCUUGUGGUCACCACACCACAGGCGGUGUCGAUUGGGGAUGUGAGGCGGGAGCUGACCUUCUGUAAGAAGACCGGGCUGCAGGUGAUAGGUGUCAUAGAGAACAUGAGUGGCUUCUCCUGCCCGCACUGCUCUGAGUGUACCAAUGUCUUCUCCAGCGGUGGUGGGGAGGAGCUGGCCCGGCUGGCUGGAGUUCCCUUUUUAGGUUCUGUUCCCCUGGAUUCCCAGCUUACCAAGAGCUUGGAGGAGGGGCGCAACUUCAUCCAGGAAUUUCCCCAAAGCAUUGCAUAUUCCGCACUCACAUCCAUAGCCCAGAAGGUUCUGCACGGGAUGCCUGCUCUGCGCUCCUGACAGUCUCACAGCCUUCUAAUGCGAUGUGCUCUGUUCUCAGCCUACAGGACCUUUGGGAGCAGAGGUCCUCAGGACUGUCUUGGGACCUGUAGUUGCUGGCCUGGGCAAUGGCUGGCCUAUGCGUCCAUGCAGAGAUCUUUUGCAGGCCCCAGUGUCAUUUUGCUGACACCAGCUUCACCAAACUAGUCUCUUAGCUGAGGGGAUAGCUCGGGGCCUAGUUCCUUGAGGUAGUAGUAGCCUUAGCCUCCAGUCUGCAGGCUUUUUACCCGGCCCUGGUCACUUCUGCCCCAGGUCAACAGGCUGCUCUGACAGCCACACCACACAGGAACUGGCCACUGCUUUCUCAUCCCGACUGACCCUGCGUGCCCACACUUGCUGUGUGCAAGCCUUUUGUGACACAGUGUGGUUUACAGGUACAUCUGGUAACUUUACAGAACUCUGCUAUAAAACAUAGCGCCCCAUCUUGUGAAGAACCCGGCAUCCAAACUCUCUGUCCUCAGUGAGAUGGCUCUUGAUUUCUUACUUUUCAUGGCUGGAACAAACAGUGUUAAAGAUGUAAAGGGCCGGAAGGUGUG